AGCAGGAUGUGAGUCUUUGCUAAGAGCUGACGUUGCUCAAUGUCCUAAAAGUUUUAGCCGGCUCUUUGUAGCUGAGGGUUUUUUAGGAGAGCGCGGGGGAUUAAACAUUACACGUACCCGAGGUUUUUGAACAGGCAGAUUUUGGUUUUGCCUUUUCUCCCUGUGAAACCGGCCAGACAUGAGCUGCCAAUGCAGCGUCUCUGUAAAAGAAAACGAACUUUCAGUUUGAACUAGUGGCUCUCUCUGGUGGUUUUUGAGGAUUGUUUUGGAUUUAUGUUUGUUCCUUUUUUGUUUUGGGGUGAUUUUUUUGUUUCGGAUACAUGUGAACGGUGCGUAGAAGGGAGAAGAGAUCUACUUUUGCUUUAAUUCUGUUAAUAGCAGUGAGAAGAAAAUGGGCAGCUGUCAUCAAAGCUGGACAGCUUUAUAUGCCAUGGUGCACUUUCAGCUGUCUGAAAAAGGCAGAUAGGUACAGCUAUAGAUAAAUGUAAAACAAAACAUAUAUCGGAUUAAAGCUUCUAUAAUCUUUUCCUGUACACAUUUCCUAUCUUUUGUCUAGUCUGACACUUCUCCUAAUGUUUGACUAUAUCCUUGCCUCUGUUUUACCAGACCUCUGCUCUGCUGCCUUCUCUCUUAUUUAAAGACGCCCCAAGAAAACAUACCAGUUCUGCAGUUUUGCUUUACGCUGGACAUUGUUGAAUUACAAAAUGUAAAAGGAAAAUUACAAUAUUGCUUAGGCAUCUCAGGUAACCAUGAAUCCCAAACCUUGUUAGUCACAGAGAUUGACAGUAAUAUAUUAAAGACUCUCUGCAAGUCCUUGGAUGGUUGGGCUCUGACUGACUUGAUCUUGCUGUCUGUCCCUCUUUUUUUUAGGAAAUGUGACCACAGUAACUGGGUGAGGGGUUCACCAGGGCAUCACCAGCUUUCACAGAGGAGCUGUGUUGCCCCACACUCUGGUGUGCACACAGAGCAGUGAAUGUGCAGGGCUGCUACAUUGGCCCUUUCUAUAAAAAGCCAAUUUUCAAAGUGCAGAUAAACUUAAGAAAAAGGAGUCAGCCUAAGCCCGGGAGCAGCCUCUUUAAGCAGUUGUGAAGCUGCUGACUCAUAUAGGAAAAAGCCCUAUCAACUGCAGCUGUGACAGUUAAAAACAGUUCCCCCUUCCCUUUCUGUGGGUUGCACUGUUAUCAGAGGAGGAUGAUUCAGUAACCCUCCCAACGUGUGGCUGUGCUGUGGGUCAAAAGUCGAGCUGCUGCUGAGCAGGGUGGGUGAGACCCACUUCCUUUGUUUAACCCACCGAGCUCAGGCUGCUGUUGCUGAGCUUUGGAGCAGGUCAGGCUGAGCCACAGCAACUUCCUCAGCAGAACCCUUGUGUGGCAGAGAUUGUCUGGGAGAUGGAGUGGUGGAGGGAAAGUGUCAUAUGUAGUAGCAGUGAGCACCUGCAAGGAAAACUAAAUGCUUGUUAACAGCUCAUCUUAUUAAAAUGCAAAAAAAAAUGCACUUAAUGGGCAUUAUUCACCACCACUCCAUCAAACGUGCUCAGCUCUAAGGCUGAAUAGCACAGCUGCAAAUCCAGUUCUUACCAGUCACCAUUGCUUGAAUAUCUCAUCUGCAGGGGCUUUUUUCCUGUGUGCAGGGGAAGAACAUCCCACAGCUUAAAUACCCGUCUAUUUUUUCACCAUCAAGUGUUAAAUCACUGUGUUCAGUUGUUGUGCUGUAAUUGUUUUGGGAUGUGGCAUGCCUGGGUGUCCUGGAGGAAUGCAGUGUUUAUAACUCUGCUGUCUUUGAGGGACUAGAUAGCUGUACAUAAUUUGGUCUCUGAAAUUUAUCUUGCCAGCUUGCUUCUCUGGAAGUCUCUGGAGAAGAAUUGAUGUAACAUCUCUCAUGAAGACAAGCCAUGGUGGUGCAUGAUUUAAACUGUCUCGUAAGAAAUAGCACCUGCAUGGAGUCGAGCUGGCUGAAUAUUGCUGCGUGGACUCCUUCUGCUCCAAGCAGUCUCCACGUUUCUUCAGAUGUUUUCCGUCAGGAGGAUGGAAAACUCUUCCCUGUGCUUCACAUAGAGUGGAAAGUGGCCACGGAUGCCAGCAUUCGCACUCUGGAAGGGGCAGAGCUCGCCGUGAUGCAGGUGAACAGCAAUCAGCAGAUCUGUGCCCAGUUUGACUUCCAGAACAAUUUGCCUCUUCAGGUCCGUCCAGAUGGAGGCAGGUGGAAUUUCACUUUUGACCGUUUUGAAGUAGAACCUGGCCAGACUUACCAAGUGACUGUGUAUCACCUGCCCAAACUGGGCGUGAAUGGAGACCGAAAUUGCAAGUCCACGUCUCUCACAAUGCCUGGCUGCAUGGAUUCUCGGAUGAAAAGAACCAUCCCAUGUAUAAAGACAGGCAGCUUGUGGGAGCCCAGGAUCCGGGGUGAAAGUCUAGAUGAUACAACUCUGCUCGUGAGCUUCAACCCAUGGAUGGAGCCAGCCCGGUACCAAAUCCAUGUGGCCAGUUACCUGAAUGAGAAGAGGUGUAAAAUGACCACAAAGGAUUUCACAGAGGAUGGACUACAACAGCAAGUGAAUGUCACAAUCAAAAUGGACAAGAACAUAAAAGCUUGCUGCCACUACAAAAUACAGAUUCAGCCAUUCUUUGCGAACUGUGGCACAGACUGUCUGAGACACUCUGCUUCCGUCCCGUGUAAACCAGUUCCAAGUACAGAACCAUCGGGUGAUAUGAUAUGGCUCUACUGGUGUAUCACUGGGAUCUGUGUGUUACUGGUGGUGUCAGUCAUCACAGCUGUGCUGUGUAUGACUAAAAUACGAGCAGGACGCCGACGAGGGAAAUGGAACCACAACAAUUUGCAAGCUGCACCGUACACCGAGCUGUCCCUGCCGCCCUUGAAGCCGCGGAAGGUUUGGAUUGUGUACUCUGCUGAUCACCUGCUCUACGUGGACGUGGUGCUGAGGUUUGCUGAGUUCCUGAUGACAGUCUGUGGCACUGCUGUGGCCUUGGAUCUGCUGGAAGACCAUCACAUCUCAGAGCUUGGGCCCCUACCCUGGCUCACAAGGCAGAAGAAGGAAAUGGAAGAGCUGUCUUCAAAGAUCAUCAUCUUGUGUUCUCGGGGCACCCAGGCCAAGUGGCAGGCCAUGCUCGGGAGUGAGCCUGUGUGUCUCAAGCAAGAUCAGCAAAAGCCAGUGGGAGACCUGUUCACCCCAGCCUUGAAUCUGAUCCUGCCAGAUUUCAAGAAGCCAGCCUGUUUUGGAAUGUACAUAGUCUGCUACUUCGAGGGAAUAAGUAGUGAGAGAGAUAUACCUGAUCUGUUCAAUGUCACAUCCAGGUACCAACUGAUGGACAAGUUUGAGGAUAUUUAUUUUCGGAUUCAGGAUCUGGAGAAGUUUGAACCUGGGAGAAUCCAUCGAAUCCAGGAAAUCACAGCUGAAAAUUAUAUUGAUACCCCCAGUGGGAGGAAGUUGAAAGAAGCCAUAGACAAGUUCAAGAACUGGCAGACUGAGCACCCAGACUGGUUUGAGAGUGAAACCAUCUGCUUGGAUAGUGAUGAAGAGUUGCAUUCCCUGAACAGAGAGAGCCAGGUGGAUUCACUACUGAGUGAGCCAAGUGGAAUUGUGAAACACCAGCUGCACCUUCGUGAGCCUGACCCCCACUGCUGUUAUGUCAUCAGCCUCCACAUGCACGAAGGUGAGAGUACAGGCUGCAAGCUGCAGCCUCAACUUAAUCCAUGUGGGGAUCCAAAUUCCCAGACUGUGGUCCUGCCUGUGGAUGUUCCUCGAAUCCAGGUAGUGGAGCCAGUCUCUUCUGUGGAAGAUAGAAAUAUACUCAGUCACCAUGUGCUGAGCAAUGAGGACUGUAUGGAAGGAGUUCCUCUUCUGGAGACAAGCUUUCCAAUGAGGAAUAAUGUCAUCCUCCAUGAUGGCUCUGAAGUUUCAGUUGCUGACCAGAGCCCUGCAAACUUCUCAGAUGACCUGAGUGACCAUCUGAAUGAACUCAUGUACCCUCUUUAUCAGCAGAGUGUCAUUCCUUCAGAGCCAGAGUAUCUCUGCCAGGGGGAGGCUGACCAGCAGCACCAGCUGGUUUUUGAUGACCAAUGCAAAGACCAAAGACAGUCAGUGCAGUCAGACCAGGGCUACAUCUCCAGGUGCUCCCCUCUGCCUCCUGAGGACCUUCUAGAGGAGGAGGAGGAAGAGGAGGAGGAGCAUCAGGAACAGCAGGUGGGCUUCCAUGAACUCUCUCCAGAGGUCUUGAACAGUCUAAAGAGCCUCCAGAAGCAGCUCUUUUUCCAGGACAUUCAGAGGAGCUCUAGCUGGAGCUAUCCAGCAGAGGUGAUGGACAUUGACCAAUCUUUGGAGGACUGUUAGGCUCUGCCUGGGACCUGCUCUGUAUGAAAUACAGGGAUGGAAGUUGGUCCCGUGCAGAGCAGUACUGAGACUGCAUUUCCAGCACUAUCCUUGUAUUGUAAAAGGCUUAGUGCUGGGAUCUUCCUGUGUGCUGCUGGGAUGCAGCACUGCCCAGCAAACAUGGAAUGUUGCUUCCAGUCUCUGUGGAGAGAAGCCACAAAUAUUGGCCACCCCUGUGAAAGAACAGGCAGUGGUUCUGUUCCUUGGGGAAAAGCAUUACACUGAAUUCUCACUGAUGGAUGGCAGAAAAAUUACUGUGGCUCAUCCACUCGUGCCUUCAAAAUGCCCUCCAGCUGAGCUGAUUCUAUUGCACUGGAUAAAAAUCACAGGCAUGGUUUUAGAAAAUAGGUUUAGAUAACAUGGUAACAUUUGCAUUGCCAUUUUAAUACACAUUUUAAACAUUUCCUUGUAAAUACUGUAUUAAAGAUGUGUGCCUUAAAUUUCAGCUAGAUUAGGGCUGUCUCUACCUGGUUGUUAAAUGGGCCUAGAGAUUUUUUUUUUCCCCACUCAUCAUUCAUUUGCAGCUGCAUUUCCAUGGUCAUUCAGAAAUCAAGUGGAGUAGCUGAGAAUAAGUGGGAUAAAUAUUUAAAUUGAGAGUCUCUAUAACUCUUCUUGCCUCUCUACUGGGAGGUGUGUGCUUGAAAACCAGCAACAGCAGGGAGGGGGAAGAUGAGACCAAAAAACGGAAUUUGGGAUUUUUUUAGUUUUAAGAAAUGUGGGGCUGAAUACAGAAUCACAGAAUCAGGGAAAUCUGAUGUUUUCUGUGUCACACUGCUGCAAUUCUGUUUGCUUUUGGGUGUCUUAGCUCCAGAAAGAUCUGAACUGAAGAUAGUGACACACAAGGAAAUGAAAGACUAUUUUGGAGGAGGAAAAAAUGUAGCCUCAGCAGAUACUGUUUUAGAGUGGAAAUUAUAUCAGAGUUAGUGGAGGCUGAGUGAAAAUGACUGUAAGAUGUACUUGUGUGGGUUUAAGCUCAAGCACAGGUAGUUCAGGUUAACCACAGAGAAAUACUGAACAGACUAAGGGAUUCAUCUCCCAGGAGCAGUGAUGGUGAGGCUGACAUUUACCCUGGUUCUUAUCAUUGUUUCUGCAGCCCACUGGAUAACAACCUGUGAGAUGUAAAUGCAUCCAGGCCUUUCUCCUUUGUGGUCUUCCUAUCCAGCUAAGUUUACUUGUUAAAAAAUCUUUUAUCUCAGCUUUUUUAAAAUCUAAUGUCUCA